GUUGGCACGAAGAUGGUUGUCGUGAGUUACGAAAGAGUAGACGAUUUCUCGCGGGGAAGGCGCUUCCCAGUCGUCCGGAGAAGUGCCACAUUCCUAAUUUUUCUUUCAAUCUAGCAACUGAGAAAUAGUGCGAUGGUAUACGACAUUAAAUGGAUCAUACCGAAACUUCGAAAUACGGGUAGCCUCUGGAACAUCGCGAGUAGUAUAACCUUUGUAGCAGUAGGAAUUUUUUCUAAAAUCAUAAUAGGGAGGGUCAGAUACGCGUUACCGCCCGACAAAGGGCACAGGAAAUCAGUCAUUGGCUCUCGCUGGCCUUUCAAAUGGCUGAACAGAACGACGGUAUACAACAAAUACAUCAUCAAUCGUGCGUUAAGCAAAAGACCGGAAAAUGUGCCGCUCAUUACGGUUUCGAAUCAUCACAGUUGUUUCGAUGACCCUGGCAUAUGGGCGACCCUGGGCCUGAAGAGUCUGAUGAAUCGACGUAAGAUGAGGUGGUCGCUCGCGGCCCACGACAUUUGUUUCACAAAGACCUGGCAUUCGUACUUCUUUAUGCUGGGCAAAUGCAUUCCUGUGAUCAGAGGUGGCGGCGUGUAUCAAGAAGCUAUAGAUUUCUGCAUCGAAAAAUUGGCAGCCGGUGAUUGGGUUCACGUCUUUCCCGAAGGAAAAGUAAACAUGUUUAAAGACAACAUGAGAUUAAAGUGGGGUGUUGGAAGGUUAAUAUUGGAAUCGCCAGUUACGCCACUGGUGAUACCGAUCUAUCACCUUGGUAUGGACGAAGUUCUUCCAAAUGAGCCGCCGUACAGAUUGAAAAUUCGUAAAAAGGUCACCUUGAAUUACGGUGAGCCAAUAGAUUUUACUGAGUUACUAGAACAAUUGCGUGCAUCGAAAGCAAGUGAAGUGGAAGCGAGGAAAGCGAUUACGGAUCGUAUUCAGGAAGAACUAAUAAAACUAAAAACAAUUACAGAAGAGCUUCAUAAAAAGUCAUGAUGUUUAAACGGGGGACAUUCUUAUUGUCACCCCGAUUAGCUUUAAUUUGCCAAAAACAAUAAUACUUUAAUUUUAACGUGACAAUAGAUGAUAUCCAUGCUCGAUUUUUAACUAAGGAUAUUCACCUAUGGGCGAUAUAUUAGUAACAUAUAUGCAAUCAUGUAAUGUAAUGCAUAUAUUGGGGCAGUAGUGAUUUAUUUUCUGUUCUUCUUUCUUUUUUUCUAUUUUUGUAACAAAGAAAAAAGUGGAAAAAGAGAACAUUAUGCCAUUUAUACCUUUCGAGAGAUUUUAAUUUAAAUACGAGUCGUGUUGACUUAAGAAUGCCAUAUACGUUUCGCGGUUACAUCAUCGCAUGCAUAACAAUGUAUAUAUGUACGUACGUACACGGUAGGAAGCAAUUGUCGUAAUAUAUUACGUAAAAACUCGCAGCCGCUGUUUAUAGAAAAAACUAACAUAAUCGCAAAUUACGAAAGCUUGUGAAACAUAACAUUGAAACUGUGUCACUGUACUACAUGUUAUCGGUUUUCCCUUCAUGCGACAACUUUUUUAAUAUCACUGAGCCUCAUAAUUUAUGAUACGAUAACAUAAGCGUGACACAAUCUUUGUAUGGUUCACCGAACUUAUUUUGCAUAUAUCAGGAAACUUUUGUAUAAUUCCACAUAAUUUGAAUAUAAUUAUAUUGAUAAAAUAGAAAAAGAAAAAUGAUUUUGACGAAACAACAGAGAUUAAGACAGAUUUGAUUCUAAACCCAACUUUUGUUGAAUUUGUUGAACUUUGAAACGCUUAACCCUUGAACACAAACAAAAUGAAAUUGCAAUCCUUACGAUCUAUCGUAUAUUUAGAUAGCUAUAUGUACACACGUAUAUUUUUGAUAUUGUAAGAAUUUACAGUAUUUAUAUUAAAGACACUUCGAAUGAUAAAAGUACUGCGGAGAUAUGCAUAUUUUGUAUUUAUUAAAUUUUCACUGUAAGUAGUAAAAUAUCUUCCAGAGGAAAACUA